AUGUCUACCAGUGAAUCAGCCAGCAUCACCAUAGAAUACUCUUUAACCACCGAUGAGUAUGGUUAUGAAUAUGAACCAUGCAUCAAAGAUGGAGUAAGGGGGUUUGGAUCAUUGUUCCUUCCCACUCUUUAUUCACUGGUCUUCUUGCUUGGUUUGACCGGCAAUACUUUGGUUGUCUUGGUAUUAUUGAAAUACAAGAGGCUGAGAAGCAUGACAGAUAUUUAUGUACUCAAUCUUGCCAUAUCUGAUUUGCUUUUUGUUCUUGGUCUUCCUUUUUGGUCUUACUUCAUGGCUGAUAGAUGGAUAUUUGGAGAUACUUUGUGUAAAGUAAGCUCUUGGAUCUUCCAGAUUGGAUUUUUCAGUGGAAUCUUUUUUAUCAUGUUCAUGAGUAUUGAUAGGUAUCUUGCUAUUGUUCAUGUUGCAUUUUCACUGAAAGCAAGAACUGCCACCUAUGGCAUUCUCACUAGUCUUAUUAUAUGGCUAGUGGCCAUCAAUGUUUCUGUUCCAGAACUCAUAUUUAGCUCAUCAGUAAAUGACUAUAAUCGUACUGAAUGCAAAUUAGUGUACUUUAAGAAUAGCACAGCAUGGAAACUCUUUACUUGUAUAGAAAUCAACAUAUUAGGCCUCAUUGUGCCCUCUAUCGUCAUUUCCUUUUGUUAUGCAAGAAUAAUUCUGACCUUGCUGCACUGCAGAAAUAACAAAAAAAAGAAGGCAGUGAAGAUGAUCUUCGUUGUGGUGGUCAUGUUUUUUAUGUGUUGGACACCUUACAAUGUUAUACUUUUUCUAAAAUGUUUGGAUGAUGUAGGUAUUCUUGGAGAAUGUGAAAUCAACAAAAACCUGGACUAUGCAGAACAGGUGACUCAAAUCCUAACAUAUUUUCACUGCUGUUUGAAUCCAAUCAUCUAUUUCUUUAUGGGACAAAAAUUCAAGUUAUACAUCAAACUGUUCUUCAAAAACUGUGUCUUUUCGAAAAUACUUUGUAAAUCCUGUGGAUUCCACAAAUCUUUCUAUUCUGACUCAUCAGGUUCAGGUUAUACUCAAUCCACUUGUGAUGAAGAGACAUUAUGA